UUUCCGGCCAUGUCCUCGGCGCCUCCGCGAGCUUGACGCGCCCGCGCCCGCGGAGCAGUCGCUUCCCGACGAGCGCCUGUCACAAGUUCAGUCCGUCAGCACCUGUCGCCAUGAAGAGUGUCGUCGUGAUCGUGCUUGUGGCCUGCUGCGCUUCGUCAGCACUGUCAUUGGCUGACGAUGAAAACAAAGCCAAACAUUCUGCGACAGUGGUCCCUGCAAAGGAAUUUCACUCCCCAGUAAGCACAACCACCACCCCGAAUACUACAACCACCACCCCGAAGACAACAACAACCACCACCCCGAAGACAACAACCACCACCCCAAAGACAACAACCACCACCCCGAAGACAACAACCACCACCCCGAAGACUACAACCACCACCCCGAAGACUACAACCACCACCCCGAAGACUACAACCACCACCCCGAAGACUACAACCACCACCCCGAAGACUACAACCCCGAAGACAACAACCACCACCCCGAAGACUACAACUUCUCCCCCUGGACCUACUCCUUCCACCAACUUGACUGUAGGAAAUUACACCCUAAUGACAGACGACAGAAAAGCAAUCUGCCUGAUGGCUCAGAUGGCACUGCAGAUCCGAGUGGCAAGACCAAAGGUCAAUGGAACUUUCGUUGUUCAGCCAAAGAUGACCAAAGCAGAAGGCCGUUGUGAGGGAACCAAGGCCAAUCUUACCCUUGUCUUCAACGAGGGUAUCAUCACCUUCAUGUUCAACAAGAGCGCUGCUGACAAUACUGUCUACGUUCAUUCGCUGUCUUUUAGCGUCUCCUACUCCAUCAUUAAAGGAAGUAAGGCCAUGUACUCUGCCAACAACGAGUCAGUGCAUCUUUUCGCUGCAAAGGUUGGACACUCCUACUCCUGCAAGGAUGAAUCAAUAUACAUGGGGCAGGGACUAUAUCUGGAUGUCAAUAAGGACCGGAUGCAGGCCUUCAAUCUGACCAAGAGCAAUGAAUUUGGCUCGCCUGAACAGUGUCCUGCUGACCAGUCCAAUUACCGUGUGGCCAUCGCUGUGGGAGUGACAUUGCUGGUGCUCAUUGUCAUCGUGGUGGUGGCCUACCUUCUGAGCCGCAGAAGGAGAACGGACGGCUACCAGUCUCUGUGAGGUGGGGAGGGUCAGAGUGAUAAGAGGUCACCCAGAGGUGACGCCUGUUAUAAGCCAGGGAGGCAGCGAGGCGCUUUCACAGGGGCUAAAGCACUUCCUCCAAACCCUAACCCUUUCUGUCCUUUCAUGUCUUGGUUUACCUACUUUACUGUUAUGAAGAGUUUUAUCUACAAGUUGCUUGGUGUGGAGGCUGUAGUGAGCCGACUUGAAGUGCUUCAGUAUAAUCAAUAGAUGAAUUGAUAUGUGAAUUAAUUAAUCGGAGUAGCGCUUAAAAGUUGAAUUUUAGGUCCAAAGUAAAAAAAAUGUAUUUUGAUCAAAAGAUCAUCAAAUUCGCUGAUUAAUUCUUCUAUUCAAAAAAGGCAUUAAUACAACUCAUAUCUCACAGAUCAUCUGUUUUCCACUCCAACAUUUAGAGUUGUGAUCAAUUUCAUUGUGCUUCGCCAGUCAAUUAAUACAUGUUUAAACAGCUAAAUCCAAAGUCUGAUCUGAAGAGCUCCUGACAACACAUAACCUGACAAGUUUUCUGCCGGGGGAUAUCACUUCCCAAUGGAGAUGAUCCAGACCAUAUUCUUGCAGAGCAAAUUUGAAUGAGCUGGUAUUGCCUGUAUCAGAGAUAUUUUGGCUUCAUUUUUGUCCCUCUUUACUUCCAGUCACUGGGACAAUAGUAUUAGGAUUCGUGGUCAGAGCAGUGAUUGUGAUUUUAUAUAACCCAAAUUAUACUGAGCAGUGAAAUAAGGGAAAAUAAGAUGGAGGUCAGAUUUUUUUUUUUUCUGCAGCUCCACAGAUACAGUUUUUCAAAUGAACUUCAUUGUGUUAGCAUGACAAGUGUUUUGUUAUUCUUCUGUUUUGUUUUUGUUUCUCAAGUGUCAAAUCUUGUGUAUUCUGUUAUACAGGGAUUUUAUUUUCAAAAAUAAGGGAAUUUAUCCGAUCACUAACUUUAUUGGUGAUUAUUAAUGUGCACUAUAAUAUAUAAUUUGCAUUUUAAUCUGCUCAAAGGAGAAAAUUAGAAGGAUGUUAGUAAGGGAUGAUUUCUAUUUUAUCAAUAUUAAUUGCACUGAUUACAGUUCCAACGGAUCACCUUUGUCUUUUUAAUACUAUAUCUAACUGAUGCUUUGUAAAAUAUAAAAAUGCAAGGAGGUGAGUCAGUCUGAUCCUGAUUAGAUGUUAAGUGGGCUCAUACAUUCAUAAGAUCUCAGGAGUCCUUAUUCAUUCUGCAUCAGUUUGCCCUUGUUUCUGGUCUUUAUGCUAAACUAAGCUAAUUGCCUCCUGGCUCUAGCCUCACAUACAAUAUGACUGAUGCAAAAAAUGGUAUCAAUCUUCCCAUCAAACUCUCAACAACACAGCAAAUUAACAGUUUCAAACUUUUCCUUUAAUCAUGCAAAACUGACGACAAGAGCCUGAUUGUGUUUGAGUGGGUGUUACAAUGUUCCCACCAUGUCGGUUUUGUAGAUCUCAUAUUGGAUGAUCCGCCUAAAAGGUAAAGGUCAGGUUUUAAAAUGCUCAUAAAAACAAAAACGAGGCACUUCUACAAUACAGGGACAUCUGAGCAAACGCCAUCUGCCGAUGCAGUGAUGAUCGCGAGGUCCAGAAAAGGCUACUAAAUGAACCCUGUGGUGAGAUCGUUUUCUCAACUGCUGACUCCAAGGUCGAUAUUGUGCUGCGUUCAGGUACCUAAUGAAAAUGGUAAAGGUUUCAAUUGAACCGCAAAGUGGAUGUGGAGUCAAAGGGUCAGUUCACACAAAUUGCAGAAAGUUUGGGUGGAAUCUCGCCAUUCGGCUGGUCUUAGGUUCAUGCACUCAGGCCUAUGAGAAGCCUGUCCCUGAAACUCAUGCCUUCUCCUCCAAUACAUUUGAAGUUUGUUUGUGCUCCUCAAAGCAACCGUUCACUGAAUGAACGGUUGCUUGUAUUGAUUACAAGUAUAUAAAUACUGAGUUGUCAGCAGUUGUCUUUUUUUUGGGACUACUUUGUCCUUAAGAAAGUAGUUCCGGUGAAAGCUGCUGUCUGAGGAACCAGGAUAUUGUGCCUGGAGAACCAUGGCGCUGAAGAGAUUUCAAACGUCUCUUUUCACUGACAUUUUCAUCGCAAAUAUAUUUUUCACUCAAACCUCCAGCAGAUUUGUCAAAACUCCGGACAAAUAAAACCAGCCGUGUCUGCACACUUAUAUACCAUGAGAGGGAAAUGAAAGUAUGGGGUUAUUUGUGUGAGCUGGCUCUUUAAAUGCUCUGAAAAGUCGGCUUGACUUUGCUUCAAUGAAGAAAAACGACGUGCUUGUUUAAUAAACUAAGCAGGCGACGUGGUGGGAAAACGACUGACAGCGCUCAAUCACUAAACAAUCAGUAACGGUGUCAGAGUUCCUAAGUGACUGUCGGCUUUUGCAGGAGUUUCUCAGAGAACAGUAGUCAGAGCAGUGCGGCUGGUCCAAUCAGGUGAAGUUGGGAAGUGAACAGAGAUGAGGGACCUCGCUGUAUGUAAAGAUUUCCACUGUGUGUGAGCACUUUUGCCUGUUUUAUUUGCCUGUGCCAAUAAAGAUUGAUCUAUUCUUAA